GCGGGACUGUGUGGUAGCAUGUCAGGAGACAACAACCAGAGCUGACCUCGAGAGCUCAGUCAGAGUCAGAGUAAAUGCAUAGACUGCGAAGCUUCUCUGCAGCCAAACUGGCUAAAGUUUUCAGCAGAUGGUCCUCAAGAAGACUAAAGAGCACAGGAGGAAGACCUUCAGCUCCACUGGGUUCAAGGAUUCUGACCAAUCCUGAUGACAUGUUUAAGCACAACAUGUGGGAUCACGUGCAAUGGACAGAAGAGGACAAAGAAAACGCACGGCAGAGGGCAGAAGAAAAUUCCUCUAUACAAAUUCCUUUAGAAGAACAAGGUAAAUUUGACACAGAAGCUUGCCAAUACUGGGACAAGUUUUACGAGAUGCACCAGGAUAAGUUCUUUAAAGAUCGCAAGUGGUUGUUUUUAGAGUUCCCAGAACUGCUUCCUUCAGGUGCACAAAGUCAAGCCACAAACAGGUGUCUACAGGUGUCAUACCCACAACCUGCCGGAUCCAGCACAGACACAGAGAACACACAGCAGCAACACGAAGACCCCACACACCAUCACAGGAAUACAGACACCCCCAGUCAGCAGGAGUCCUGUCAAGGAGCAGCAGGGAAAAAUGAAGCUGCUGCACAGAGUACUGCUUUCCCCGGCCAGCAUGCAUCUUUCAGGAUCUUGGAGGUUGGGUGCGGCGUGGGUAACAGUGUAUUUCCCAUUGUUGAAUCCAUAAAAGGAACAGAUGCAUUUUUAUACUGCUGUGACUUCUCCACAUGUGCCAUUCAACUGGUCAAGGAGCAUCCAGACUACGAUGGCUCUGUGUGUCAUGCCUUUGUCCGUGACAUUUGUGAGGAGAUGGCCUCCUUUCCCUUCCCUCCUCAGAGCCUGGAUGUUAUUCUGGCAGUCUUCGUGCUCUCCUCCAUUCAUCCGGAGCGAGUGCAAGGAGUGGUGAACAGACUAUCUUCAUACUUGAAACAGGGAGGAAUAUUUCUCUUCCGUGAUUAUGGGAGAUACGACUUUUCGCAACUCAGGUUUAAGAAGGGAAGGUGCUUAUCUGAGAAUUUCUACACUCGUGGGGAUGGAACCUGUGUGUACUUCUUUACCAAAGAUGAGGUUCAUGGUUUAUUUUCCAAUGCUGGACUGGAAGAAAUUCAAAAUCUUGAGGACAGACGACUUCAAGUAAACAGAGGAAAGAAAGUUGCAAUGCACCGGGUCUGGAUGCAGAGCAAGUACAGGAAAUCAUAUCCACCUUCACCGUAUUAAAACGACACCAUGCAGAGCCUAAAUUGGAGCUCUGUGCCUUCUUAUAUAUAUUUAUAAUUUUUAUACAACGCCACCUGUUCAUUGAAUAACUUUUUAUUUAUGCCAACAGAGUGUGUGUACAACAACA